AUGCCGGUUGCAUUUAAAAAGAAACCCAUAGAUAGGAGGAUUCCGAAAAACCCGCGUUAUGAUGACAUACUUGCAACAGUGGAUUCAGGAGCGAGUCUAUCAAGUUAUCUGAGAAGAUUGGAUGAAGCUAACGAAAAUUUUAAAAUAAAGCCUGGGGAGAUUUUUCGAAGAAUGAAGAUGACGACAUUUGUCCAACUACUUAUUCAGGUAGCUGGCGUGAAUGGAACUCAGGGGCGACAAGAAUUCCACCCUAAUGGUGGUGGCCUUUUUGUUGACGAGUUCAAAAAUACAAACGAAUGCACAAAGUCAAGCGAUCAACCUGGUUCUCGGGCAGCAAUAUUUUAUACCCUGGGAUCGGUUAUUCACGGAAUUGGUGAGUGUGAGAUCAAUAGAGAUAAAGAACUCUCCCCGGACAGACCAACCAAUACUACGGAGGAAAAGAGUGAUUGCCCUUACCUUUUACUCGAUGUCCGAGACAGGGAUGAGUUUGACCAAUGCCAUAUCAUCAAGGCUAUCAGCUAUCCCCAUACAAUGCUUUCGCGCUGUAUUAACUUUGAGAUCCGCCAGAUGUUGGCCUUUCGGAACAAGCCGGGCCAUAUAAUAAUCUGCUAUGACGAAGAUGAACGGCUUGCUCCUCGUGUUGCAACAAUGCUAACGGAGCGUGGCUAUGAAAACAUAUUUGUCCUUUCUGGUGGUUUAAAGGUGGGUUGGAAACUCUUUCCCAAGGGUCUCAUCCUUGGCGAUGCGCCAGUAACCCUAAAAAACAAGCCAGGCAAGCGGCCACAAUAUGAGAAGAAUAUCCUCCGUCUCUCGACGGCUUCGGCGCUUAAUUCAGCACCAUCAAUCUGCAACUCUGCAGCUUCCAGUGCGCGUGGUUCUACCGUCGGUAGUCGUUGCACUACCUCAAGCGCUCGUCGAGCUGUUCAGUGCACUUUUGAUACCUACGAGGUGGUGGGAUCCAGGGGUACACCUAACGGAGGAGAAGAUUUUUCCAUGAUCGAUUUGGAGCAUCUUUCUCUAGCUCUCGAUUCUCUCUGUGCUAACUGUCGGGCGAACAGAAGCUCAAGAAUCAGCACAGCUGAGUCAGUGCGUUCUCGAGCAUCGAGUGCCUCGACGCUGGGGAAUUCCAAGUGA